AUGGUUCCGCGCAAGUACGGGAAAAUCAUCUUGAACCCACCAACACCGUCAGAAAUUUUGGAAGAUGAACAGAAAACAAACACUGAUGACGAAAAUAUCUGGUCGCCACUUCAAACUGCCUCACGGGAUGGGGACUACGAGGGUGCACGUCAGCUCAUUACAUCAUUAUCUUCAACAUCCUUACCAGAUGUGGUGAACGAGUCACCGCAUGGCUGGUACGGACAAACCGCACUUCAGGCCGCCUCUGCCAAUGGCCAUUUGAAAGUUGUCAACUUGCUAUUAGACGCCGGCGCGAAUGUCGAUGCUCCAGGCGGAAACAAUGGCGGCCGUACAGCUCUCACGCUGGCCGCACUUAACGGCCAUCAGACUAUCGUCGAACGAUUACUUGAAGCUGGCGCUGAUAUUAAUAUCCCAGCACAUAGAUACGCGGGCCGGACUCCUUUGCAAGCAGCAGCGGAACUCGGGCAUGUCGAGCUCGUAAAGUUGUUCCUAGAUAAGGGUGCCCAGAUUAAUGCUCCGGCGGCGCAUAAUAACGGCCGCACUACAUUGACAGCGGCUGCAGCAGGCGGAUAUAGUGAGCUAGUUAAUUUUCUCAUUGAGGCCGGCGCAGACGUGAAUCCCCGGCUGAUGCGAUACAAGGGACUGACACCGCUGCAAGCAGCUGCUUUUGGCGGCUAUCUGAAUAUUGUGGAGAGUCUGAUCAAAGCCGGUGCGGAUGUGAAUGCAGACGGUUGCCAUUACAAUGGCUACACUGCACUGGCAGCAGCAGCUGAACAGGGACACGCUGAUGUUGUUGAGAGGCUACUUGCCGCGGGAGCCGAUGUGUUGAAGAGAUCAGGGAAUAAGAAUUGGACUGCGUAUCAGAGCGCUUAUUUCGUCGGCCAGGAAGAGAUAGCCACGAGGCUGUGGAAACUGGAAAAUCUACAGAACGCUGCUGGACAGAGAUAA